UAGCGACCUUCCCACGUCAUCAAAACGCGUCUCUGUUAGUGUGGUUUUUUUGACUACGGGCACGCGCAGUUUGCUGUUAAAUGGUAAUUUGUAAAUAUAAAAAAGGUUAAGAUGCCUAUGAAAGGAAGGUUUCCGAUCAGGAGGACCCUGGAAUAUCUCCAGAAGGGCGACAUCAUCUUCAAAAACCGAGUGAAGAUUAUGACAGUGAAUUAUAACACACACGGCGAGCUCAGCGACGGAGCAAGAAAGUUUGUGUUCUUCAAUAUUCCUCAGAUUCAGUACAAAAAUCCGUGGGUCCAAAUUAUGAUGUUCAAAAACAUGACGCCGUCAUCCUUCCUGAAGUUCUACCUGGAUGAUGGGGAACAAGUAAUGGUGGAUGUGGAGGGGAAGGACCACAAACAGAUUGCUCAACAUGUUAAGAAGAUUUUGGGCAAAUCAGAAGAGGUGCUACAAGCUGAAGCUCUGGCUAAGAUGCAAGCCUCCAACCCCGCCAACUUUGGGCCAAAGAAGUACUGUCUGAGGGAGUGCAUCUGUGAAGUGGAGGGCCAGGUGCCAUGUCCUGGCACCACGCCGCUGCCUAAAGAGAUGACGGGCAAAUACAAGGCCCAGAUGGCGGCGUCACAGGAGUAGAGUCUGAGGACAGCGGACUUUUGUAGAUUACGGGGA